ACAAUGAGGAAAAAACCAAUCUCCCGUUGAGGCCUCAUCGUGAUGUAUGUGGAAACAUCAUCCAGUGUGCUGUAAUCACCGCGGCCGAGGAAACGCAGAGCAAAUGAUGGCGGAAUGUUCCGAGGUUCACAUGCAGAGUCCAGUAAACUGUGACACGUGUGAAGAGGACGCCGCUGAACAUUUCUGUCAAACCUGCCAUGACAAACUGUGCUCAAGGUGCAAGAAAAUUCACAACAAAAGUAAGGCCACGUUUGACCAUGAAGUCGUUCUAUUAACAUCCCACGCCCUGUCCUUAUCAAAUGAUACACCUCCACAGCAAGUGUGUAGAUCUCAUGCUGGGUUUCGUGCAAAUGUAUGCUGUAGCGAAUGUGAAAUCCCAAUAUGUGAAAAAUGUCUUCUUUCUGAGCACAAUGGACACCAGGUGAUCGGCAUCACUGAUAUGUUUCAAACGAAGAUGGUAAAACUGGAAGAGAAAUACUCGGUGAUUCGUUCUGAGCUACCCAGAUAUAUCACCAAACUUCACGAGGUACAAGAGAGAAAAACGAAGGUCACUGAAAACAAUGACCUUGCGCAAAAGGAGAUACAGAGUCGCAUGGUAAUCGUCAAAUCCAAACUAGAUAGUCAGAUGAUGAAGUUGUUGGAGGAUAUGGAGGAGAACAAGAAGGUGGUGUUAGUUAAUCUUGAGUCUCAGGAGGGUGCACUGGAAGGGCAUAUCAAGAAUAUGAAAAGGUAUAUCAAUGAUUAUGAAAAUAAGUUACCUCAAGAGAAAACUGAUUUCAUCUUAUUUGGAAAUUGUGCUUUAAGUUCAACAAUGCCUGAGCAAUUUCCGAACUUUGCGUAUCCAGAUUUACUGAAGUAUGAAAGCGAUGCUGUUGAUGACGCUGCAUUGAAGAAUCUUUGCGGACGUCUCACGGUGGAAAAUGUACCGCGUUUGAAACCUAUUGUCAAGACUUUGGAGACAAUAUUUAUUGGGAACAGAUAUGAAGGGAAGACUACGUCUCUGGCCUACCAAUGGCAAGAUGAUACAUUCUGGUUAUAUUCACGUGAAAAAUGUUUUAAAAUCGACAGGAGUGCAAACGUUUUAUACACAGUCAACACAAAUUCUAAACUUUACAAUAAAAAGCCAAUCGCUGUCACAAAGAAAGGAAAAGUCAUUUACAGACAAGACCAGUGCACUCUGAAUGAAAUAGAUGAUUAUGGUCUCACGUACAAUUAUCAUGCUUCGCCCGGCUUAGCGCCUUUGUGUUUGUGUGCAAGGAAAGAUGGCGGUGUUAUUGUUGGAUUUUUAGACGUAGAUUUAACUGAUGGUGGAUUUUUCUGGCUUACAGAGGACGGGGUCGUUGAAAAAGAAAACAGGAACAUUGAAACAUGGAAUAAAGUAUACAGGGGUGACAUUGCAGGGACACGUCAACCGGCAUACCUAGCCGAAAAUGUAAAUGGAGAUAUAUGCCUUUCUAACAAAAUAGUAGGCGUUUACACUUCCGACCUUCAGCAUCGAUUUUCCUACAAAGGUCUGAAAUCCAAAGGAUUCCUUCCUUAUGGCAUUUGCACAAACCAGUAUGGUCAUAUAUUGAUUACAGACGGAUUCAGUCGUGGGGUCCACAUUCUUAGCAAGGACGGCGAUUUCCUUAAGUUGAUGAACAUACCAGGUUUGGAUGGAAGUUGCCCAAUAGCUUUGACUGUUGAUAAGAAUUGCAGUCUCUGCGUCGGGUGUUCAGAUGGAAGAAUCAGAGUUGUAGAGUACCUGAAUGUGUGACAGACAUUUGACAUAAUUGUUAAACCGGAUAUGAGUCAUCAUUAAACCGGAUAUUAGUCAUUCCUAAAUCGUGUAUGAUUCAUAGAAGAAAAUUAUUGACCAAGAAUGUUUUGCGUUACAUUUCUACCCCCUCCCCCUGCUUUUCAUAAUUGUAUAAUAAUACGUGGUAUCAACUUUACAGUCAUUGAUUUACACCAAAGUUCAUUUGAAUUUGUUGUGUUUUUAUCUGUAUAGUGUGGAGAAAGUAUACCACAAUUCAAUAAAAUAGAUGAUUUCCUAAA